GCAUAGAACACCGUAUCAGUGUCUUCUGGGCGGCCGCAAACGACGGCCGAUUUGAGUUUCGGGAAUCAUACAUACAAGUGAUUUAGUUGUUUGUUUAUUCGUUUUUGUUAAAAAUAAGUGAUUUUUGAUUGUUUUGUGGCGGCUACGCACGGACGAAAAUUCUGUAAGCACACGACACGCAGCUGCACACACACUCUCCCACGUACAAUACAUACAUACGCAUGCGCAGCAAGCGUAUUUAGGCGAAGCAGUGUGUUCACAGUGUUUGUCACAGUCUGACAGAUCACCAUUUUGGCUGAACUUUUCGACGGUUUUGUGUUUUUGGUGCGCAUAAAAGAGAACGAAACUCAUACAUAGAGCAACGAAAAUGGCGACCUAUAUAAAAAUUUUCAAUGAACGCAUAUCCGGUCUGUCGAAGGGUGUUGACGAAACAGUGGAUAGCUGGUUUCUUAUGAGCUCACCCGGACCAGUGUUUUCUAUUGUUGGACUCUAUUUGCUCUUUGUACUUAAAAUCGGACCGGCAUAUAUGCGUGAUCGCAAACCAUAUGAUCUUAAAAAAGUCAUGGUCAUCUAUAACGCAUUCCAAGUUUGCUUCUCCAUGUAUUUGUGUCGCAUUUCAAUCAGGGAAAGUAACGUUGUCGCCUCGAUACUCUCGAAAAAGUGCGAGAUCGUACGCAACCAUGAACAGAAUUUGAUGCUUUACUCCGGCGCCUGGUACUACUUCUUCUCGAAAAUUAUCGAUUUGCUGGAUACGACCUUCUUUGUGCUGCGUAAGAAACAAAAUCAAGUUUCAUUCUUGCAUGUUUACCAUCACACCAUAACAGCGCUCUUCUCUUGGGGUUAUCUGAAGUAUGCGCCGGGUGAGCAAGGUGUCAUCAUUGGCAUACUCAAUUCUGGCGUACACAUCGUUAUGUACUUCUACUAUAUGGUCGCCGCCAUGGGUCCACAAUACCAGAAAUACCUCUGGUGGAAGAAAUACAUGACCUCCAUUCAGCUUAUCCAAUUCGUGUUCAUCUUGGGCUACAUGAUCAUGGUUGCGGCUAAGGGUUGCAACAUGCCACGUGCGCUAACAUUCUUUUUCGUCGCCAACACGAUCAUCUUCCUGUAUUUGUUCGGAAAUUUCUAUCGCAAGACAUACAACACACGAAAGGCAGCAGCAGCCGCCGCUGUGAACGGUCAUGCAAAUGGUUACGCAAAUGGUCAUGCAAAUGGUUAUGCCAAUGGCUAUGCCAAGGGUCUGAGUAAUGGUUCGAUUACCGGGCGUGCACUACUCGCCGCUGCCGGUGGUAUGGGCUGCAAGCCGACUAGCUCACUGCUGGCACAUGGCGAUCAGAUGAAGCGCCUCAUCGAUGUGAAUAAUAAUCACAUAAAAUUGACGAAGAGCGAAUAGAGUGUGAUGAAAAGUGGGUAGGUGGUAUAUGAAAGUGAAGUACAAGGGUGUAGGGGCAUAAUGCACAAGGGUAGGGCUAUGCAUACAUACUUACAUACAUUAAUAGAUGAUUUUCAAAAUUUCUUUUGUAAUUUUUGCAGUGAAAUUCGCUCGAAAAACAUUCGAGUUAAAAACCAGUGAUUUCGAAAAUUAGUAAAAAUUUAAAUUUUCAAUUUAAUUACAAGAAUCAUUACUCUAAACCGAAGUGAGAAUUGAUGCUUUUACGAAAUUUAUUGAAACUUUCGAUUUCUACACAUUUUUCUAAAAAAAAAAAAUUAAACAAAUUUAUCCAUUGUUGCCUCAGCGCAAUAAUAAUUAUUUUGUCAUUACAAAAUAUAUAUGCACCACAUGCUACAGUAUAAAAAAACAAACACAUUUCAAUAGCGUUAAGUAGAAAUAUUUUUAAAACAUAUUUUAUUUUUAAAGCAUAUUGUGAGAGCUUUUUUUGGGGGGUUACCUUUUAGUACUUAGUAAUUACAAACAUUCUUACGUACUUAACUAGCUACAUUCUAAUGGUUCUGUAUUAGCCAAGUAAAUGUUUGUUGUAAUGAAAAUGCAAAAACAAAACAAAACAAAAAACAGUAAAGACAACAGUAAAAAUGGGCUUGCCGCUUCUUCUGUGAUUGUGUGUGUCUGUGCGUGAAUGAGUUUAUGUGUAAAUAUAUAUAUGUUAAAGAAGUAUGUAAUAAUGGAGUUGUGCGUUAAGUAUGGAGUUUCCGUAACCAAAACAAAAAAAAUAAUAAAAAAUAAA